CCGCCCUCCAGCUCAACGGCGCAACAGAGCCCACCACCAUGGCUUCUGACCGCCCGCCCGCCCGCCUCCUCAGCGCGCCCGUCCGCCCAGCGUCGCUCACCCGCAAUGACACCAGCUACUCCAAAUACUCCGUCUCGUCGGUGCCGCCAGACGGCUCCGUCCUGACGGGCAAGCAGGAGCACUACCUCAAGCGGGAACUCAUUUCGCGCCAGACAAAGUACGAAAUCUCUGAACUCUCGUCGCCCACGGCUCUGAGGCGCUUCGGCGCACCCUUCCACUCGGACGCUGGUGAGGUUGCGCCCGAAGACUCAGAGCUGCCCCUGCUCCGCUUCAUAUUCGUCAACCAUGUGCGAAACUUCCCCUUCCUCGACAAGGCCAAGGAGAAGGAGUUCUGGCAGGACAAACUCCAAGUGUUUUUGGAGUCCUUUGCGAGCAAGGACAUCUCGUCGUCAGAAGACCGGCUGGAGGAGACAAAGCGGCGGAAGCUGGCGCUCAAGGCCGAGAAGCUGGUCGAACUCAUGAUGGUUUCCGGCAUCCCGACCGCGUCCGGCUACGAGGAGAGGAUACGCUUUGCAGAGAUGGAAAUUGUAGACCGGCAGGCCAACGAGAAGGGCCUCACAAUGAAUGCACCCAGCGGCCAUUCCAUCAACGGCUGGGACGUCAACAUUGCCGGUGUCAGGACCACAUCGGUGAAACGGCACCUCCGCUACCAUACACAUGCAGAGUACAUUAUCCGUGUCAAGCAAGGCGACGGCCAGGACAUCUACAUUGGCCGUCGAUAUGCCGAUUUUGUUCAGUUGCACAAGCGCAUCCGCCUCGAGCUUCCGGGCAAGGUUCUUGCCCCGCUACCCCGAAAGAACGCAAAAGAUGGAGUCCUGAAAUCGAGCGCUGAUGACGACGAUGUUAGCUCCAUCUCGUCCGAGUCUACACAAGGACCCUAUCCUGAGACUAACGAGAAUAGUGGCGGAGGCAGCGGCGGCGGCGGAGGCGGCGGCGGCCUUCGAAGCUACAUUUUCGGCGGCGGGCACAAGAAGAACGCAUCGCAAACCUCGCUGGGAAAGCGCUCGCCAAGGGCUUCGGCAGACUACUCGUCAUACAAGCCUCCGCGCAGGCUAUACCGGGAAGAGCAGCGAGUUUCCCUUCGCGCAUUCCUCCGCGCGUUCCUUCACAAUGAGCGAAUCGCACACUCGAAUGCCAUGGCCGAGUUCCUUACACAUGACCCCAUUGAGAUCAACGAGGAAGAAAUGGAAGACAUCCAGAGACGCGAAGAAAUGGACAAGAGGCGCAUAGAAGAGCAGAAGCAAUUCUACGAAGUUGCGCGGCAACGAGCAGCAGAGCUUGACAUCCACAUGGAGAAGUUCAGACGAGAAAUAGUAGAGAGCAAUGGCCUAUCUCAUUUAUUCCAGGAGGUUAGGAUCAAGAACAGUAUCAGGGAACUCAAGCCCGAGUAUCAAAAGUUUGCCGAGUGGCUACGGAUAGAAGUUGCUGCAACGCUCUACCACCUCUUCCUGGCAGAAGACAACUCACCAGAGCUUUUUGCACAGGCCAAACGCAUCCAUUCCCUCGUGCCAUACGGUGUGCUGAAAAACGUCAUACGCAUUGCCAACCCUGCAGCCGUCAUGAGCGGAGUUCUGGAUCUUUUCCUCGCACAGCCCUUUGGCGCUCGAUCGCUUCUGCAGCGCAUAUUUGGCAUGGCAAUCAAUGACGGUGUCAACUCUGUGCAAAAGACGAUCAACACUCUUUCGUCGACACGGAUCAAAGACGAAGUGCUCUGCAACAAGAUCAAAGCAUAUGUAGAGUCGGACGAGGCUGUCAAGGACACCAUCCGCCACGAAGCCGCACAGGACAAUGUGGACAUCGUGGUGACGAUAUUGCGAUCCGAGUACUUUGAGCCGGAGCUGAGCCCGCCGCAAGUGGAGAAGGUGUUCAAUGCCUAUGUUGCCUGGACCAACGCCGUGGAAAAUGUGAGAUCGACACGCCUCAGCCGAACAACGAGCCGGCACAGUAACAUCAGCACAUCUACUAACGCGGCCGACCAGGUCGAAAAGGAAAUGCGCGCAGGAGCCGAGCUCUUCGCUCACUUGAAGCAGUACUUGAAACUCUGUCUCCGACAACGAGACAAGCUCAUGAUGCUUCAGAUCAUCGAGGAGCCCACGACACUGCAGCUGUUCAGAGACCUCUUCACCAUUUUCUACGAACCCCUGGUUCGCGUGUACAAGUCUGCCAAUGUCUACAAUAGUAUUACUGACUUUGCCAUGUUCGCCGACGACACCAUAAAGACAAUUGAAGCCUGCCAACGACAAGAAGUCUCUGCUGACCCUAACCAAACCGUCCAGGCCUUUAUCGACUUGUGUGCCCGUCACGAAGACAACUUUUACAAGUUCGUUCAUGAAGUACACAAGCACGACAAUGGUCUUUUUGACCAACUCAUGGGCUGGCUAGAAGGCAUUCUAGACUUUUUGCGCCAUGGCCCAAAGAAUGGUGGCAAGCUGGAUAUGAAUGCACUGUUUCAGGGCGCCAUGGACUCCAAGUUGAUCGACAAGGACAAGGCCAUCCGUGAAAUUAAUAGCCUGAUCAAGUGGCAGAUGGCUAGGAAGAAGUGGCACCAAGACAAGACGCGGCAGAAGAUGGCGAGCGGGGAUGAGCCAGAUCCACUCAUGGGUGGUGGCAUUGCUGGCUUCAAGUCGAGCGACUUUGGUCUCAACGCGAUGGAUCUCCAGGACCUGGAACUUGACGAUAAUAGCACCGAUUCCACCGAAUCAGAAGACAUGGAUGACGCAGACGUUGCCGAUCCAAUUGAAGCAGAGCGCAAGAGUAGAGCCCGGGCCGCAGAGAAGCUACGGAGGAAGGCAGGUGAGCCCAAGAAGCCGCAUAUCGAGGAGCUGUACAAGCUCAACGACGGGUUCAACAUUAUGCUCCGCAAUGUGCUUGCAUCCUAAGCCGAUUGCAGCUGGUUGGGAGACAUGGCCAUGAUUGUCGUCUCUCUCUCUGUAUGCCCCCGCAGCUUCCGAGCAUCGAAUCGUAACUUUCCAAAUACC